GAUAUCGGGGGAUACGUUACAGAGGUGACGAGGUCGGGGUUAGCAAGGAGAGGUGACGAGGAGCUGAAGAGGUGAAGGGGAGAACGGCGUUAGAAAGACGAGGUGACGAGGUCGGGUUAGCAAGGAGAGGCGAGGAGGAGAAGGGAGGGUGAGGAAGAGGGAAACGGAGACUGUAGGAGGUUGACGAGGUGAGGACGGGGUUAGGUGGACGAGGUCUGGAGGGAACGCGAGAUUGGGUCGGGAGGAAGAGGACAGAGGAGGAGGAAGAGGUGGACAAGGUGAGGAAGAGAAAUACGAAUUUGGAGGCAGUAGAUAACGGGGUCCAGAGGACAACGCGAAGAGGUGGAGGGCGAGGUGAGGAGGGCGAGGUGAGGGGAGACGAGGUGAGGAGGGGGAGGCAUUUGAGACGGUGGGCUGCUGUAAAGAGGAGAAGGGCAGGGUUAGGAGAAGAGGGAGGUGGAUGAGGUGAGCAGGAGGACAACAGAACGUGCACUAGGUAGGGGUGUGGAAGAGCAGGGGGAGGUGAAUCACUAAGACUGGUGGAGGAGGAGGACCAAGAGGACGAGGUUUGAGAAGGAAUUGGGGGAGAAAGUGGACAGGGGUUAGGGGUCUGCAGGAGGGAGGAGCACCUCCGGUUGGGCAGUGUUGCCUACGCACGGUGCGAAAGAAUUUCAACGUAAAUCAUCGUUUGGAGGGCGAAUUUGAAGUAGUCGGUUGAGCUGGAGGACAGAGGGUCGGGGAGGAAAGAAGAAGUGACCGGAGGGAAAGGUUUGGAGGAGGAAAACAGGAGUUAGAAAUAAGACACGAGCCAGAGGACGGUGCUGGAAGGAGCGCAGCGUGAGUGGAGGAUCGCGAGGGCCAUCGCUGGAGGCAUCUUCCACCUUCCCCCUCAGCCAUGGUGGACGUUCUCAGCCCUUCCACCACGCGCAAGCCGAGCGGCGUCUCCAGCCACUUCCCUGGGGUCUCCAAUGGCCCUGGUGAUGCUUACUGCCGUCCCGCUGCAGCCCGACCCCAGGGGAAGGCUGAAGGUGCAGUGGAGGAUAACGAGGAGGAGGCGGCUCCGAGGGUACCAGGGGGGCCGAGGUUUUCGGGGCCCCGUUCGGGCUCCAUGGAGUCGGGCUCCGUGGAGUCGGGCUCUUCCCCGCUGCUGCACAUCGACCUCUACAACUUCGAUUCGCCCCGCGCCGAGGGGUCGCGCUACGUGCUCACGAGUCCGCGCUCGCUCGAGUCGUGCGCGCGCUGCGGGAUACGGCCCGUCGAGCUGCUGUCACGGCCCCUCGCCGACUUUGCGGCACCCGGCCCCGCUGAAUCGCCUCCCGGUGCUGCCAGCAGUGACCGGGAAUCCAACUCGACCACGGACCUCGGUGGCCUCGGCCGCGACAGCGAGGAGGCGCGUGCGGCUCACGCCGCGUUCGAGCGGGAGAGGAGGCGCAAGCUGCGCCGCUGCCGUGAUGAGAGGGAGCGGAUUGUGCUGGAGGAACGCGAAAAACGCAGGGAAGCGCAACAGCAAAAUCAUCAGCAGAAGCGAGGAGGAAGCGUGGACCCCUUGCCAUCCAGGCUGGCGGGCACCGGGCUACGACCCUUGGGGAUUCCUCACCAGAGCCGCUCCCUGGAGACGGUGCGUGCUUCGCUACCCCUGCCCGGUCAUCGGACCCCGGUCGCACUCAGCGAUGGCUGCAGCCUGGAUGACAGCAGCGGGAGCCACGACACGGUGAGCGACCCCCUGGGAAAGACGCGGCCCCGGCAACGCCUGCAGCUGCAGGGCGCCGCUUCCCGGCCACCGCUCCCACGCCGGGCCCACGACAAUCUCCCGUGCCCCGGAGGCCGCACCUCGGGCCCGCGCUGUACAUUUACGGGCAAGAGCUUGAGCCUGGGGGACCUGAGCCAGGACCCCGGCACCGCGGCGCAGCUGCAGCAGCUGACGCGUGCGGCGGGAGCCCCGGGAGCCGGCGCCGGGACGGGCCCCAGGAAGCGGGCGCGGGCGGCCGAGCGCGGCCUGGAGCUGCCGAGCCGGGACCUGAAGAUCGCGGCUCUGAUGUUGGCGCGGCAUCGCGAGGAGACGCUCACGGCCGAGCAACGGCGCGACGCGCACCUGCGCUGGGCGGACGCGCGGCGCGCGGAGGAGGAGCGCCGCGUGCUGGACGAGCGCGAGCGCGGCCGCGCCCUGGCGCGGCGCUUGCGGGAACGGGAGCCUCCACCGUCGGAGCCGCCGCCGCCGCCGCCCCCCCGAGCCGGCGCCGCGGCCGACGCCGCCGCCGCGGCGGACGGGCGGGACCCGGAGCGCCAGCAGCAGAAUCUGCGCGAGCGUCUGUCGCUGGCCGAGCGCAAGCGGCUGGAGGCCAAGGAGCAGCGGCGCGGCGAGAGGCGGCUCUCCAACGAGCGGGAGCGCGAGCGGCACCUGCGCACGCAGCGGGAGCUCGCGCGGGAGGAGGACGCGGGCGAGGCUCGGCUGCGCGAGGCGCUCGACGCGAGGCUGCGCGCGUCGCAGCGGCGGCGCGACGAGGAGGAGACGCGGCGCCUGCGAGAGCUGCAGCUGCGGGCCGAGCGGGACGGGCAGCGGCUGCGCCGGGCGCGCGCCGCGGCCGAGCGCCUCGACGAGGACAUGCGCUCCCGGCGGGAGGCCCUGGCCGCCGAGGCCGAGCGGCGGCUGCGGCAGGCGGCGCUGGCGGCCGGGGAGGGCGCCCAGCGGCGCGCGGAGAGGGCGGCGCGGGAGCGGGCGGAGAAGGAGCGGGCGCACGGAGAGGCGACGAGGCGCGCCGUGCUCGAGGAGGAGAACCGCCGGCGGGAGAGGCUGGCGCGCCUCCGCGAGAAGGAGGAGAGGGGAGAGCGAGCGGCGCGGCGGCGCGACGCCAGGCUGGAGGAGUCGCGCUCCGUGGCGAGGGCCUCGUUCGAGGUGCGGGAGAAAGUGCGGGAGGCGACGCAGACGCGAUCCUUUGACAAGAUGGUGCGGGAGGCUGAGCUCCAGCUGCGCCUACUCUAGGUGGCGCGGGGUUAGGACUGAGGGUCGUCGUGUUGGUCAGUUCGUCCUUACUGGACGAUUUGAUAUCAGUCGGUGUUGGGCCGAUGAUUGCCUUCGGCGUCACUAUAUUGUGUGGACCAUUAGUUCAUUCUGUUAUUCAUGCAGUAUGCGUCCUAUGGUGGACAUGCAUUCAGUUGUGCCCCAUUGGACAUGUUGCAUGGGGGUCAAGUUUUGGACACUGAUAGAACAACACUGACUUAAUGACUAAGCUUGGCUCAAUGCAAUGUUUAUAUCCUGUUAAUAAUACUAAUACUAAUCAUUUGAUAAUGCAGUCCAUUGUCUAACCAGAUGUGUGCAAUCCGGUUGACACAACAAACCUUUUUUACCUGGGGAAAUAACCCGUUUCGUUUCAAUACGGGGAAAAAUGUCUAUUUGUUUGUGUUUCCCCCUUGUGAUGGGACUUUGUAGGAUGAACGCUGAGAUUUAUAAGGGUAUGAGGUGACCAAUAAGGUCUGAAUUGGUCUGUAAUAAGGUCGGCAGUGAUAAGGGGUCGACAGGUAUGAAUUAACAAGGCAUAGGUCCAAAUGGAAUAUGAAUAUACAAUAUAUGUUAUUACAACCGUUAACAGGUGACAAUUAUAUUAUAGCACGUUAAUGUCUCAGCAUUUAAAAAAUGCAACAAAAAUUUUCAACAUUAAGAAAAGCACUUGAUGAACAUAAACAACUCACGACAAUAAGCAUGUGCAUAUGGAUACAAAUGCAGGACUGUUUUCACUGUAAUAAAACUUCGAUUUAGCCGCAUGCUUUCCAGGUCAGGAAUUCUGAAUUGCAAUAGGUCAGCAUGACAGAUUUGGAACGAGCUGCGCCCAUCUUAGCGCUCAGCAGCGUACCCUAGCCAUGUGUACGCACAGUGCAUAUGGGAUCUUCAAGACAAAUGAGGAUGACAAUAAGGGAUUCAUUUCAGCCGGGUCUGCCUGUACCAGCGACCAGGAAAAUAUUUCCGCAACCCAGAGCGCCUUAUCCAGUAUAUUCUCUUCGCUAUAGCUGUGGCUGUUGGUCACGUGCCUGUCUGCCAGUGACAUAGAAAACAGUCAGAAAUGAAGCCCUGACUAAAAGCCUCCGCACAUGUAACUCGACACCCUUGUCAAAGACCCAUUCGGUCACGCGAGGCAAAAUCCCAUAAAGCUCACAUUUAUCCCUUGGCUUAAUGGCUAUGAUUGAGGGAUUUACGAUUUUUGGUGUCGUGUUGUCCUAAUAGCUCAGGAGUAGGUAAUCCGUGUUAUUGAUGAUGCUGUGUGGAUUGGUAGGGAAGCUUAACCAUGCAAAAGCACGCGGAUUGUACAUUGUAUUUAUUCACAACAAAAUACAGGUAUGCAUAUUCCUCAGGCCGCAAUUAUAUCCCCACCGUACGUUGCUUUGCUUUGGAUGGAACAAAAAUUCUGGAGCUGAUUUUAUUAUUUAUGGUCUGACAGAUCAAUUCCUGUCUGAAUUCGCUAAUAUUCACGUACAACCCAGUUGGCAAGUCGCUUGGAUAAGGGCUUCUUCACGCCAUGUGGAUCGUGGGGGGUGGGGGGUUAUUUGACUCUGCUUCACCAUGCUGGUCAGUGUGGGUUGGUGAAGCAGAGAGCAGACAUGGAGCAUUGUACAGGGUGGUCCAAAUGUGUUCUGACACCCACAUUAAUUUACCCCUGAAAUUUUUUUCUUAUGCGUGUUUAUUUCUUAAAAAUAUGAGGUUUUAGAUAAUUAAAUGUGGGUCACGAGACAUCUGGACCACCAUGUGUACAGUACUCUGACGGAUUUUGAUGCACUUGCCCGCCUCUGAAAACAAAUUCACUUAAAACCUUCAACAUUAAAAUAUAUAUCUUUUAGAACUGAGACAUUUUAUAUUGUGUUACGCAAUUAUGAAUUUUAGUGAAGUUAUCGACUAUGUGGUAUGCAAAAAAAAAAUUUUCACCAAUACCUUGUAUGCAGGAUGGAUACACCCCAUCAUCGCAAACUACAAAUCCAGAUCCAAAGUUACAAAUACAUUCAUCUGGGGGGGGACAUUGCGUUUUCCUGAAUCCUAAAGUUCGAGCAAAACACUUGGCCAGCGCCGUCACGUUUUGAAUCGUUUUUGCCUUUUGUCUCCUUUUGCCGUAAAUUCUCAAGCACAUUUCACCAGCAUUCCAGCAGGCAAUAGAAAGCAGCCGUGUCGGGUCUCUACGCAACACACUGCUCCCCAUAAAACCAGCGUUGCCAUGGUAUUUUCAAACAAAACUUUAAAACGGUUGGCAGUGGUGUGCAUUGAGAGUAUACUUUAGUGUGUGUGUGUAAUUGUGCGUACGUGUGCAUAUGUCGCAUACAGUUGUUUAGUCUCGAACGACUAAUCUUAGACUGUCAGCAACUAAAGGUCAACAGCAGUUGAUAGCGGAUCGACGAUUGAUCGCUAACUCGGUGUGUUGUGUAUUGAAAACAAUAAUUCCAUGCAAUCAAAUCUCUUCAUUAAAAGUAGCCAAAUUCAAGGAGGAAAUGUUUACGCUUAAACUAAAAAGUGUAAGUGUCUUCAUUCUACUAUCCAUAAAUGUGAAAUUACAAAAAUGUGUAAAGGAAUUGGCUUAACAUUCCAAGCAGGACCCUCCUGAGGUUUUCCUGUUUAAACAUCUCAAAUUAUUUUCUGUACGUAAUAACAAGUUGGUAGUCUUUUAACUGGAAGCUACAGCACCAGAGGUCGCAACCGGGUACCCAAUAUCCGUACCCUACCCGAUACCCGGCUACCCGUACCCGGCCGGGUACGGGUACCCGUUUGCGACCCUGGUGCGGCCGGGUACGGGUAGACCGUGAGUCACUGGUGAGUAACUGUUUGUCACUCAUUUCCCAACGUCUUGUCUCUUCUCACAAUUCAAGUUCCUAGAAUCAACCCACCCGCGCCUGCAACAUGGCUUCAUCCCAGAGGUCGCAAUCAGGUACCCGAUACCCGUACCCUACCCGUUCCCGGCCGGGUACGGGUGUAGGGUACGGGUACGGCCGGGUACGGGUACCCGUUUGCGACCCUGGUGCGGCCGGGUACGGGUAAGGAAUCAAAACCCGUUUGCGACCUCUGUACAGCACGGAUGCAGUUUUAUAUUGAACCUAAACGGUUAUUGAAUAUUUAACGUGUGUGCAUUGUUAAAUGCUGUGGUGUGGUUUUUACAUUGUGUAUUCGUGCACAUAGCAGUGGGCAACCAAAAGGUUUUGAGAUCUUUAAAACGUAAAAGCACACGGACCGAAUAUUAGCAGGUUUAUUUAAUGCUCUAACUUGUGUUUAAAAGUCAAAAUGUAAAUGAAACGACUGAAACCAGUGGUUUAGUUGUAUUUUUGGUAGCUACACCACUGGCUGAAACGCAUCACCUUGCCGAUUUGACCUGUUGGUGAUAAAGACAUUGGUGCGUUUUCUCUACUAAUUUGACAAAGUAACUUUGUGAUUACGAUCAGUCACAAAGUGUCAAUUAUUGGGAAGUGCUUAUUUGCAAUGGUGGACAAAUGUAUAUGGUGGAAAUUCAACAUUCCAAUGGCAGGGACCAGUCUCGCCUAGGAUGACCCCUGUUUUCUUUAAAUUAUCCGUUGUAAGUUUGUAUGCAGGUUGAAUUUAUUUCACACCAUAAGUAGCCAAUCGUUUGGGGGAAAGACAAGAAACGGAACACAAAAAGCAGUUUUAAAGAAAUUCGUUUUCAAUUUAGAUGUAAAAUUGCAUAGCUCCAGUGAAGAGCGUUCCAGACGGCCGCAGAAGUGCAUCUGAAAUCACGCAACCAUUGGUGUUAACAUAAGAGUAAUUUUAAUUUAUAUAGCAUCUAGAGUCUAAAUACAACAGCUUAUCCAGAACUCUGUACAUAGCAACUGCACAACAAACAUGAAACUCAAACAAAUAUUGGAAAAAAGUUAAAUAAAUAUCACGAAAAAAACACGAGUUGGCAAAUUGAGCAUCGCCAAGACAGAUCGUGCACAGGCCACCUGAACCACCACAACCUCGUACACCAAUGGGCAUUGUAACGAUGGGUGGAUGCAACAACAUUUCAAAUUGUUAUGCAAAUUGGGUGGACAUAAAACAGGGGGAAAAGGAAACAGUGGCGAUGAUGAAGAGGAAGGUCUUCACCAUUGGAACCUCAUUUGCCAGUAAAAAAUAUGAUAAUUAGAAGGGUAAAAAACCAAUUAUCAGGAAGGUCUUCGUCGAGCAAUCCAUUGCUACGUGUGAAGCCUUGCCACACCAUGUCAGUCAUGGAGUUUUUUUUUACCAUAUUUCAACACGCUGGUCAUUGUGGGUUGGUGAAGUGGAUGACCAAGGGGUAGGACCAGUUAAAUUCAAAAUCAGAUUGGGUUCACAGUGCAGGGCACUAACAACUGAGGUGCCACUUCACCAUUUAUAUAAUGUUAGACAUAUCUUAUUUAUUGUCUCUAAACCUUUUGAGCGCCCUGCUAAAAAUAACGAAGUAUCGACGAGAUCUUUUUUAUGGAGUUUGUUGAAUAUAAAGUUUGCCAAAUAGGUAUGUCAACGCUUAAACCACUUAUAUGUUCUUUUCAAAAUGAAGUUUUUUUUGGUGAAAAUAUCCACACACUGUAUAUUGUACCCUCUUCAAAGUUGAGGUAUGCUCAGGACUUUUUUUUGUUUCGCUUGUGGUUUGUGCAAUGAUGAUACGCUUUUCACACUUGUGUCGUAGUGGCAGAAAGCCCCACGGAGUAGAAAUCUACGGUAUCGACCGCGUGUAGAUGUUGUUUUCUGAAAUAAAUCCAACUACGUCCAAAUUACCCGUAAUGUGCUGGAUCUCGUCAGAAUUAAUGAAGCUCAACCUGGUUCGUAGUUGGAUGGGUGACCAACAUUAGGGCAUGGCGGGUGUUGUACGGUGGGGAUGCGAGGUGUGGCCAGUAAUGACUGCGCUGAGUUUCACCCCCUCGUAUGCAUGGUGAGUUUCUGCUCACAUGAAGCCAAUCACAUUAAUGGAAUGAGACAAACAUCCCAAUGUAGCGGGACCUUUUUUUUUAAAGAGUCUUGGGAAUCGGAAAGGCUAUUCUUGGUAAGUAGCAUUAUAUCACUGUUACUUUACACGUUGGACACAUUGUGAACCAGUUUAAUCAAAUUUUUGUUACGGUUAUAUACACUUGCAAGUUGUUAUUUUUUAAAAGAAAUUGUGUGCAAUGCAUGGUGGUUGGUGGAUCAGUGUGGCAUGUAGUGUUCUAUUGGUCAUCGCAUUUCAGUUUCCACCCUUUCAAACAGUAUUUUUUUCGAAUAAAAAAACACUGAAUAAAUAGAUUUAUUA